AACCUAAUAGUUCAAUUUAUCAGGACAUCAACUCGACGACAUAAUCAGUCAAACAAAUUCACUAUUUAAAGACGUGUAAGUGCAUCCGGAUUAAGAUUUUAAACGUUUGUUAAAAGAAAAGAAAAAUGUGUGCACUACCCGAAACAUACGUACCAGGAUUUCACGACAAAAAUGAGGUUCAGAAAAUGAAAUAUAUUAAAUUUGGGGACACCGAUAUGAACAUUUCGCAAUUAUCUUUGGGAACCGCUGGUUUUUCUUAUUUCUUUGGCGGCUACGAUCUUGAAAAAUGCAAAGCCACCGUCCACGAAGCCGUCAAAAGAGGCAUAAACUUCAUCGACACAGCUCCUUUUUAUGGUCAUGGCGUGUCAGAAGAAGUUCUCGGAAAAUGCCUCGAGGGAAUCCCUCGCAAAGCUUACUACUUAGCCACUAAAGUCGGUCGAUACGAAAAGGACCCCAAAUUCAUGUUCGACUAUUCUGGUAAAAAAACCAGGGAGAGUAUCGAAGUCAGUUUAAAACGACUUGGCGUGGAUUACGUCGACCUCCUACAGGUCCAUAGUCUUGAACAUGCCAAUCCGGACGUUGUUUUGAACGAAACCCUUCCAGUCCUGGAGGAGUUGCGAAAACAAGGGAAAACAAGAUAUGUGGGAGUCACUUCCUAUCCUGUUUCUUUGUUACAAGAUUAUCUUAAGAAAAGUACCGUUAAGAUUGACUCAGUUUUAAGCUUUACACGGUUGUCUUUGCUGAAUCAGACGCUGAGGGAGUACAUUCCAUUUUUCCAAUCCAAAAAUGUGGCCAUUAUAAAUGCCGCUCCUCACUGCGUUGGUAUGCUUAGCAGUUCAGGCCCUCCAGAGUGGCAACGAGCGAGUCAAGAUAUCAAAGAUCUGUGUGCUGAAGCUAGAGAGUAUUGCAAGAAAAAUGACGUGGAAAUAGGAAGACUGGCAUUGUACUAUGCGUUAGCUCAAGAAGGUCCUCACACUAUUCUAGUUGGGAUGAAUAACACUGAUAUAUUAAAUAUUAACAUGGAUGUGAUGUACAAUGGUUUGACUGACAAAGAAAAGAAAGUGUAUGAGCAUGUUAAAAAUAACAUCAUGACCAAGUUGAGUAAAACAGAUUGGGAGUAGAAACUACUAUUACAAUGACAACUCUGUUCUACUAUUGCAGGAUUUGUCCAUAAAGCAGAAACAAAAUAAACAGAUACAGCUCUAAA